ACUGAUGUUUAAGUGAAGGUGCCGAGAUGGAAUUGUGCAAGGGAAGCGGAUAAUUGGUCCCCCUAUUGCCCUCCGUUAACAAGUUGCCACACUUGAGGACCAGGGGGAAAAGGCAGUCAGGGUACAGCUCCUUCCCGUGGGGACUCGAUUCCUGAGGUGCAGGAAGAGUUUCCAGUAGCUUUCAGGUGCAAUCCUUCUCCUUACCUAAGCAUCUCAGCUCUUGCCCUGGAAAGGUGGGUGUCAGUUACAAGGCAGAGUGGUUUGAAACUUGGGAAGGUUUCUGUGAUUUUGCCAUGAGGGGAGGUCCUGAGUGAAUUUAAAGAGAUAAGCGGGGUGCCUGACUGCUCCCAGGUAUGGUAGAGAAGGUUUAUUGUAGAUAAGAGGGAGCGCAUACACAGAAGCAUCUGGAAGGGUCCAGUCUGAACAUGACCUGCUAACUGAACUGGGCCAUGAGAGGAGAGAGGGGUUGUGGGGAGAGCUCAAGAGAGGGGAACUAAGAGCACAAGAGGCCAAAAGACUGACAGUCGUCAAAUAUAGGGAAGAACAGCUGAGGAAGGAGCAGCCCAGCCUAGUCCCUGGGCUAGGAAGUUUUAGGUAGGGGUGGGGUAUACCUGUUAGGAGGACUCUGUAACUUGCUGGGAGAAUCUGGUAGACACUGUCAGCUUUCAUAUGUCAAUAGGCACCUCUCUUAGCCUUUGCCCCAGGUUUAUGACCUCAUCGUGGGAAGUGGAAAUCUUAAACCUGAGGUCCUCAUGGUUUAAGUAGCACGAUGAUUGCCUUAGCUCAGCCCUUGAUGUAAGUUUGAGGUAUGGUCUCAGUGUUUGCCCAUCUGACCGGCACCUAGGUCAUGAUGCAGCCGACCAGGGGACCAGGCUCAGAGAACCACUUCUCUAAUCCAGUUAGGAUUAUAAAAGUUCAGGAAUGUGCAUCUGAUCUAAAGUUACAAAGUUGUGGCAAAAAACCUUUAAAUGUAUUGUAAAAUGGAAAAAUUACUACAGCUUCAUGUUAGCUGAUCCAGGCUGCCGCUACAGAACACCCUAGAGCAAGUAACUUAUAAAUAGUCAUGUCUGCCUGUCAGUUCUGGAGGCUGGAGAGGCAGGUGGCAGAUUGCUGUCUGGUGAGGGCCCUUAGAUGGGGUGAGGGCUCCCUGCAGGCUUCUUUUAUAAAGGUUCAUUCUCAGUUGCUGGGGUUUCUCCCAUUACUCAGUCAGCCCUAAAGACCCCAGCUUUCCAUCCCAACAUUUUGGGGAUUAGAUGCCAGCGGAUGAUUUUUGGAGUGACACAUUCAGGCCACAGCUUGUUGAAGACAUUUGAACAGCACCAAAGUGAAUGGAGUGAAACCUGGUUGUCUUUGGCUCUCCCAAUCUAACACUCUCUUAGUACUACUCUCUGUAAUUUGUUUUCCUUCCAAAUACUGUUAUAAACAUACAUGUUUGUGUCCCUGAAGCAUCCAUGUGUUUUACAUUUUCAUUCAGUGGUAGAUUGUUGACAUGUAGUUCUCCCCAGCAACUUCUCCCCAGAUUGAUUCAGAGUAAGGUGGAAUUUAAACGUGAGGUGGAGGUUGAAGAAAUAGUCUGCUGGAGUGCCCUGGCCUUUCAGUCGGUCCUCCCUGGGUCCAGGCUGGCACACCUGCAUGCUCUCCGCCGGCCCUGUAAUGGAGAAAGACUUCCUGCUAUGCUGGGGUGGCAGCAUCUCAGAGUGGCUUGGCUCUCUGGCUCUCAGAGCAGACAGGACUCCCAGUUCAUAGGAGUAUGAGACGGGAACAGACCGCGGCAGGUAUGUUGAGGUUGGCUGCAAGCAGUCCGUUCUUAAUUGCUGCUUAUGUCAAGUUCAUGGGUAUGUCAUAUGUUCUUCAGGCUUCUGAUGUGCUUGUGUAUGCUUGAGCCUAACUUUCAGCUAUUUUCAGUAAUACGGGAAUGAAAUUUCCAAAGUAAUUUCCAAGGGUCAAGUUGAUAUUUAAGGAGAAAACGACAGUUCUCUGCUUGGAACUGCCAGUGGUUGGGAAGGUUUUUUGUUUUUUGUUUUUUUUUUAAAAACAAACAAAAAACCAAAAAACAAAAAAAACUUAAAGGAGUUGGUGUAGUUUUAGUUUUGUUUUUUCAAUUUUUUAUUGGAUAGUUUAUAUAUUUACAUUUCAAAUGCUAUCCCCUUUCCCAGUUUCCCCCUUUCCCAUCUCCCUCCCCUGUAGUUUUAGUUUUUAAAAUAAGAUUUUGUAUUAUUAAGACUCUUAAGAUUAUCUUAGCUAUGGUAACAACACCUCUUAUUUCUGACUUGUGAAUAUUUUAUAGUUAAUUUUGGAGUUUAGAUUUAAAUGAGUAAUUGUUACUAUAGUAAUUUCAUAUCUAAGUGUUAAACUUGAAAAUGGCACUAUGAUAACUAAGUUUCAGUUAAGGACAGUAAUGGAGGAAAGGGUUUUGGCCCUGGGCCCUGUUUACCUUUUGGUCCACUGCUGCCACAGUGCCUAGAUGUGCUGAUUACUGCUCAUGAUGUAUGUGUGCUUGUUUGUGUGCUCAUGGGGUGUGUGUGUGUGUGUGUGUGUGUGUGUGUGUGUGUGUGUAUGCAUGCGUGUCUGUAUGGUAUAUAUAUGUGUGUAUAUAUAUGUAUGUAUGGUAUAUAUGUAAUAUGCAUGUGUAUGUAUGUGUGUAUGGUGUGUGUAUAUGUAUGUGUGUGUAUGGUAUAUAUGUGUGUAUAUAUGAUAUAUGUAUGGUAUAUAUGUAAUAUGUGUGUGUAUGUGUAUGGUGUGAGUGUGUGUGUGGUGUAUAUAUCUGUGUGUGUGUACUGAUGUAUACGUGUGUGCAGGUAUACUAUGUGGGUGAUGGUGUAGGGGCCAGAAGUUGAUGUCUUAAGAUGUCUUCACUUGCUUCUCCACCCUAUUUUUUAAAACAGUCUCACUGAGCCUUGAGCUCUCUGGUUUUGGCUAAACUUGGUUGGCCAACAAGCACCCAGAUCUGCCUGUCUUUGUCUAUACCUCUGGGGCCUUGGUUACAGGCACAAGCCACCAUACUUAUCUUUGUAUGUGGGUGUUGGGGAUCUAAACUCAUGUCCUUAUAUUUGUAUCCAUGGAACCAUCUCCCUGGACCAAGGCUUGUUUUCCAGUCUUUCCCCACUGUCGCACACCUGGCUAUGGUAUCUGUUGUGUUUCCUACUUGGCAGUGUGCACUGUAAAAGUGAGGCAGUGAGCGUGAGGCUUGGAGAUAUGAGCGAGAGUUUUCCUGGGACUGUGUGGGCCCAGUGGGAGUGUGGGCACUAAGCAUUGUGUACAGGAGAGCCAAGGCCACUUCAGAAUGGGAGCAUCUCAUGUGCUGCCUGUGCUCCUGAUCUUCCAUGGGGCAGAGGGAGAUGAGUGAGAGGAGAAGCAGCUCAGAAACAGAGAAACGAUGAACAAAAGAAAAACAGAGGCAGAAAAAUGUCAGGACAAUGAUUGUCCAUGCCAGAGUGCCUGUUACUUAGAGAUAAAGGGAAUUUCUUUUGUCUUCAGUAGUAGGAAAUUUUUGUCCACUCAGUGGAUUGGGCUUUGUGGUCAGCAGUAGAACAUUUGCCUGGCUUUCGUGAAGUCUGAACUCCAUGCUGAAGGAGAAGCUCUGUGUCUCUGUGCCCCUAAAGCUGCGGCUUUGCAUCCCCUCCACCUGAACUGCCGCUGGCUUGUAGGCUCUUUGUGAAGUAAACAGACUCGGGAGCUCUUGCUUGUGCUAGCUACUUUCUGAUUCUUUUUCUGUAAAGUAUAGUUAAAUGGAGGUAAAGUAUGUAUCUAAGCUUUGAAGCCUAAAUUUACUGAUAGAAAUACAUACGAAUCUAUAGAUUUAAACAUUUUUUAAUUGUAAAAAGACUUAUCUCAAUUGUUCUAAGAAGCAUACACUCUACCUGCCAGUAAACAUGAAGUAGACAUGGAGUCAGCCUGGAAGAUUGGUGCGUUGUCUCUCUCUCUCUCUCUCUCUCUCUCUGUCUCUCUCUCUCUGUCUCUCUGUCUCUGUCUGUCUCUCUGUCUCUGUCUGUCUCUGUCUCUGUCACUCUCUGUCUCUCUGUCUCUGUCUCUGUCUCUCUCUCUGUCUCUGUCUCUGUAUAUCUCUGUCUCUGUCUGUCUGUCUGUCUCUCUCUGUCUCUCUGUCUCUCUCUGUCUCUGUCUCUCUCUCUCUGUCUCUGUCUGUCUUUCUCUGUCUCUGUCUGUCUGUCUGUCUCUGUCUGUCUCUCUCUGUCUCUGUCUCUCUGUGUCUCUCUCUCUCUCUCUCUCUCUCUGCUCAAGGGUUUCAGUGUCUGGAAAUGCUCCAGUUUUAAGCGACUCCGUUUAUACAUGUUGUAUGAACACAUUUGCUCAGUGAAUACUUAAUUGUCUAUGGAACUCAGUAAAGUGUAUUUCACUAUUAUAAAUUACAUUUGCGGUAUAUAUUACCAGUGAACCAACAGGAAACCCAAACAAAGACAUGCUUUUUCCCCCUUUUUCCUGUAUUUUUGUUGUUGUGUAGAGACCAUGUUUUAAUCUUUAACUCCAAUUGGCCUUGGGCUCUCUCUGGUAGCCCAUGUUGAACUUGCAUCCUUUCUACCUCAGCCCCCUGAGUGGUGACCUCAGGCCGAGACAGUAGACAGUGGCCACUCUCUGUCCACAGUGCACUUUAGAAAGUCCUGGUGCUUGUGAUUUGGCAACGGGAGGAGCAGAGGAGAGAGCAGGCAGGUGUUGGGCAGAACUUGUGUGUGUGCUGCUGACCCGGGGUCUUGAUGGUAAAUUGUAAACAUGCAAAGCAUAGCUUUCUUUGUAGCCUGGAAAAUUCUCUGAGUCAGUGUCUCCCCCAUCCAUCUUGUGAGGCAGCUGCUGGGCAGGGGCAGGGGCAGGGGCAGAGCGAUUGAAUAGUGGUCAUCAGAGAGCAGUCAUGGCGUAUUUGGGGGAAAUGGCCAGUUAACAGUGACUCUCUUAUGUGAAUACUUAGAGCAGAAAGAUCUAAAAGAAAGUCUUGUCUCCUAGCUAUGAGAUCAAAGUUUUGGAUACAGUAAGGUACCAAACUGGAGGAGAUGUAAGCAAGGUCUACACAGAUAUGAGAAAAAAAUGGUUCGUGAGAUGUGGAGAAGAAAGCCUCAGAGUGGUGGUUUGAAUAAGUAUGAGCCCCAUAGACUCCCGCGGGUAAAUGUUUGCCCAUAGGGAGUGGCACUCUUAGGAGGUGUGGCCUUGGAGGAAGUGUGUCACUGGGGCGUGGGCUUUGAGGUCCUUUGCUCAAGCUGUGCUUAGUGUGGCACCCAGUCUCCUGCUGCCUGCGGAUCAAGAUGUAGACCUCUCAGCUCCUUCUCCAGCACUAUGUCUGCCUGCACGCUGCCGUGCUUCCACCAUGAUAAUGGACUGAACUUCCGGAACUGAAGCCUGCGGUCUUGCAGUUCUUCGGACUGCUUUAGCAAAGUGAUGCCGCCCAGGAAAAAGAGAAGACCUGCCUCUGGAGACGACUUAUCUGCCAAAAAAAGCAGGCAUGACAGCAUGUAUAGGAAAUACGAGUCAACUAGAAUAAAGACUGAAGAAGAGGCCUUCUCCAGUAAGCGGUGCCUGGAGUGGUUUUAUGAAUAUGCAGGAACUGAGGAUGCGGUGGGUCCUGAAGGCAUGGAGAAGUUCUGUGAAGACAUUGGUGUUGAGCCAGAGAACGUGGUUAUGCUUGUCCUAGCUUGGAAAUUGGAUGCACAAAACAUGGGCUAUUUUACUCUGCAGGAAUGGCUGAAAGGAAUGACUUCCCUACAAUGUGAUACAACAGAAAAACUCAGAACUACUUUGGAUUACUUAAGAUCAUUAUUAAACGAUACAACAAACUUUAAGCUCAUUUACAGAUACGCGUUUGACUUUGCACGGGAAAAGGACCAGCGCAGCCUAGACAUAAACACUGCCAAGUGCAUGUUGGGACUGUUAUUAGGAAAAAUCUGGCCCCUUUUUCCAGUUUUUCACCAAUUCUUAGAGCAAUCGAAAUAUAAAGUGAUAAACAAAGACCAGUGGUGCAAUGUGCUGGAGUUCAGCAGGACAAUAAGUCUCGACCUCAGCAACUACGAUGAAGACGGAGCAUGGCCAGUUUUGUUGGACGAAUUUGUGGAAUGGUAUAAAGACAAGCAGAUGUCCUAGGACCUUAUGCAUAGCAGCGCGAGAGUCACUGUUACCACGGUCAUGUCACCCAUUAGCCAUAAACUGCUGUUUGUAUCGAAGCGCAUGCUGCUUUUCUUGCACUGUCUGCCUCUCGCAGGGGUGUUUGGUGUUUGCUAUUGGAUGGGCCGCUCUGCUUGAUGUGUAGCAUUGUUCUCUUGGAGGCUGCUCUGCAGUCCAUUUUCACACUACAGAUUGGUGAAUUGCCAACGUCCUCACUGUGAUUAUGUGUAUAUUGCUGUUUAAAUUUGUAUAUGUGUAUAAAAUGAAAAGCUUCACCUAGAGAUUAUUUCUGCAAAAAUGUAUUGUAAAAAUAAUUUUGUGGCAUAUUUUUAGUCCCCCCCUUUUUUUUUCAAAUGAACCAGUUAUACUUUAUUUGGUCUCAAAUGUAGCAUUUCAGAAAACAUUACAACUGUCCCCAUAAGCAAGUAUUGCCAGAAUCAACCUCACUGCUUAAGAGGCCAACUUCUGGAAGAAGUAGGAGCCGUGACUUUCUGUGGCAUAAGCUAAAUAUGACUUGGUUCCCUUGGCAACUUUGAUAUUUUAAAGUGACAAAAGUUAUAAUUUAUUUGAGCGCACAGACAUAUGACAUGCUACAAAGCAUUUCUAACACAAAAAGUACAGGUUUAUGGGGGUUUUUCCUUCCUCCUCCUCUUCCUCCUCCUUAAGUUGCUCCUCAUUUAAAUUGAAAAUUAAGUUUCCAUCAAUCUUUCACUGUUUCCCGCUUUGUGUUCCUCUAGCAGUGUUUGGUCAGCUGAAGCUCUCUGUGCCACUGUGAGUAAAAUGUCCCAUGAGCCUCCUGGUUUGCUGGCGGCAUAAGCACUUUGAACUAUGGCUUGAGACUUUAGUUCUUCUUGUAUGGCGUCUGUAGCCCACGAGGGUUUUGGAGUUUUUUGGUUUGUUUGUUGUUGUUGUUGUUGUUGUUGUUUUAAACCACAAGUGAGAAGUGUUUGUUUUCUGUCUGUUUCUUCUGUGCUGGGCUUUUCCUGGCAACACGUCCAUUGCAGGCAGUGGACUUGAAACCACCAGCAUUGAGCUAACCCUGUUCAUAUUGGGACCUUUCUCAGAGGGGCCACUUGUCAUUCCCGGAGUCACAUGUACAGAGGGUGGUAGCCAUUAUGUGGAUGAGAAACCAGAGCCAACACAGUGGUAGUUGUGCAUUUGUACCUUACGUCUUAUUUUUAGGGUUUGUACUUGCUCGCCUUGCCCCUCUUGCAGAAGCUUACAGUUACAAGUUUUUCCAACUAUUUGGUGCUAUGACUCACUCAGUCCCUGAAGUUUGUGAACACGUCUGAGAUUUAACCCAGUAAAGAGCCAUGGCUUGUUUGCUGGGUAAACGGUGUAGUGGGAUAAGAUCCGUGCCUGCCCAGGCUGCUGAUGACUGGAGGAUAUUGGGAUUAUCUGCCAAAAAGAAAAAAAAAUGUCCUCUACAUUAAAUGUGAACCUUUAAAUGGCAUUAAAUGAUCAGAGCACACAGACAAUGCUACCCCGACCACCGUCCUAUAGUUCCUUUUCAGAGUGUUGCUAUUUUCAUAUUUCUUUCCCUGAUUGAACCACCAAAGACAGAAAUGUUUAUGUAUGUACCGUGUGCGUGCAUAUGCAAAAUCAUGGUGUGAUAGAAUGUUUAUGUAUAUACCGUGUGCGUGCAUAUGCAGAAUCAUGGUGUGGUAGAAGGCAAAUACUUGCCUUUUCCCACCAAAUAAUGCGAUUUGGUUUGCUGUGAAAAAUAAAUCAGAAGUUUGAAAAACCAACAAAACAAGCCAACGUUUCUUCAGCAUAGUUAAUCAUCCUUUGUCCGCAGUCUCACAGAUUUGUAUCUGAACACAAUGUAGACUUCUUGGAAAACCACAGCUGUUGAGACUGCUCUGUGAAAGGCAUUCCAGUGCAUAUGGGUGUGUGACAGUGGGGACUGCUAAAGACAGGCACGGCUCUGUGGAGAAGGGUUCCUUGUCGGGUGUCCCAAGGUUACAGAAUCAUUCUCUCAGGGCGCUGUUCUGGAGGUAGAUCAACUGUUGAUCGCCUCAUUGCAAGGAUGGACCGUAGAUGGGAUUGUUUUAAACGCUGUGUGGGAAUGGAGAGAAUGUUUUAAACACUAAGCACAGUGGAUCUGUGAAUAAAGGGUUGUUACCAGGGUGAGAAAUUCCAUUUCAUCUACAGUGAGCAUUUUGGUAAUAGUGACUCAAGUAAGAACCACCAUGAUGUAUACGGUAUGGAAGUUCGAAUUCUGGAGGGGAUAACCAAUAUUUAGAACUCCAGAUAAUGUCUGGACUGCCUGAAGAAACAAACCACUGUGACGUGGCUUGCCUUUGGAUUUCUCGAUUUUACAGAGCUAUUUUUAAGGGAGUCAGACACAGUAAUAAGACACCUUUUCUUGAAGAAUCGCCAAGUUACGCAAGUUGAACGAUCACCAAGAGCACUUAUGGCCAGCGUAGGAAGAAGCCAGGGCGCCUUCGGUUCUCCAGUACCUGAGCUCCAGCCACCCUUCCUCCCUUCACCUGUGUUUCAGGGCGCUGCGACUCGUCUUGUUGGGGUACGCGACUUGUAGACAUUUCCACUGCACUAGGUAGAAGUUACGUGGCAAGAUUUGCUGGAUACCCAUUGUAGCCUUAGGUGCGCCUCUUUUGAAGCCUGAACUCUUGAGUUCAGUAUUGAUAUCUGAUUAGACAAACCUCUAGAUUCUGGUUUAACAGAUUUCUGUUGCCUCUAAGUCUCCAUCCUAACCAUACUUUUGAAGUUUAUACAGAAAGCUUUAAGAGUUUAGUUUGUGUCCUUGGUUUUUAUUUUUACAACUGCUAAAAUACCUCUGUAAGCCUUAUCCUUUAUUCUUUCAUAGUUGUAUAAAAUUGUAUAGAAUUCAUUGACCAACUGAAAUGUUGGGUAUCUGUAAAUGAGACCAAAAUGUGGUUGCUUUUUUCCAUAAACUGAUUUCCAUUGGGCGCUGCUGUGAUGUGAGCAGCAGCCAGCCUGUGACUGUGAAUGCCUCGUGUCGUCAGUAUUUGCAUUACAUUCAUACAAGUGUGCAAGUCCUGUGACUCCCAGCUUAACUAAAAUACUGUCAUGCCAUUUAAUGAGCACAGAAAACUGGUUUAGGUUUUAAUGGAGUUGAUGUAAAAUGAUAGCCCAUAAAUAAACAGAUAUUUGUGUUUGGUUUCCGAA